UAUAACACAAGCCCCUUAUAUAAACUCCUGCACCCAGAAAUGAUGAACAACAAAUUGGCAUUGCGAAGCUGAAAAUAUAUCCCUCCCUUUGAGAGUGUGUGAUCAGUGUCAGGAAAUCUCACUUUCCAACAACUGAUCAUAACUUAAGUGUAUCUUUGUCAGUCCCAUUUUAAUUAAUCCAUUUUUACACUAGCAUGAGCAUGAGCAUGAGCAUGAGCAAGCCCUCGCCCUCCAAGACCAAACGGAAAGGGGCUCAGCCGCCGCCGCCGCCGCCGGGCCAGAGCGAUCAGUCGUCCACGAACCGCUUCCUCGGCGUCAGGCGGCGGCCGUGGGGGCGGUACGCGGCGGAGAUACGCGACCCGACGACGAAGGAGCGGCAUUGGCUGGGCACCUUCGACACGGCGGAGGAGGCCGCAUUGGCCUACGACCGGGCGGCCCGCUCCAUGCGCGGCUCCCGGGCCCGCACCAACUUCGUCUACUCCGACAUGCCGCCGGGCUCCUCCGUCACCUCCAUCAUCUCCCCCGACGAGCAGCGCUCCGACUUCUCCAUGCUCUUCGUCGACGGCGCCGCCUCCGACCAGCGCCAGAUUUAUUUCGGGCAGGGCGAGGGCCAGUGUUCGGGCUUCCAGCUGACCGGGGAAGCGUGGGCCAAUUCGGGGGGCAGCUUCUACGGGCAGGGGGGCAGCAGCCAGGUUCCGGCGGCGGAGGACGAGCUGCCGCCGCUGCCGCCGGACAUCACAAGCAGCUGCUACUCGGGCGAGCCGCCGGUGCUGUCGGAGAUGGGGCAUGGGGUGUUGAAUGACAUGAGGUAUCUCGAGCUGUCGGAGCAGCGCCGGAGCAUGGACGCCGCCGUGCCCUACGACGCCGGCUAUUUCGGCGUCGACGACUCCAUGGAGGCGGCCAGGAGUAGCUUCUCCGGCGGCUUUGGGUGGUUCUGAGUGGAAUUUGUGUUGCUUUGUUGGAUUUAUUACAAUCCAUGUGUGUGUUUUUUGGAUUGUUAAUUAUAUUUUUCUUGUUUUCUUCUUUCUUUCUACAUUGUAACGCCAUCAGCUUAUAUAAUAUAAUGCAUUGAAUGGUUUUCUGGCGA